AUGGGAGGACCGACUAAUCUUGCCGAACUACUUGCAGAAGUCACAAAAAUUACCGAUAUGACGCUUGAUGAGAAUGCCAUGAAUUCAUUAAAAUGCCAAAUCAGAGUCAAUCCACUUCAUCGUGCAAUGCAGUCUGUAUUGAUUGAUAACAAAGAGAAAGUGUCAAUUUCUCCACGCCCGGCUCUUUGUCCAGUGAACAAUCAAAACGAAAAAAUGCUUGACAACAUGCUCACAGCCGAGGGGAUUGUGGUUCCAGGAUGUGAUCCAUCUCAUGUGGCAGAUAUUAAGCGUGAGCCGGACUUCAACAGAGAGCUAAACAGUGUGCAAAAUGAUCUCAACCAAGAGAUCGGUGCGUGUCACAAAAGGCGGGCAGAAUUCAGUGAGACUGUGUCAAAUGUUAUAAGAUCUCAAGGGGAAUUCCGCCCGAUCACUCACAAGGAUAUCGAAUGCAUGUCGAAUAUGGUAUCCCACAAGUUUCAAAAAGUCAUCGAAUGUGCAAAACAGCGUUCAUGCGAAAACGUCACUCACUUGAAGAGAGUCUACAUGGAUGCUCGGCGAACCAGAAAGAACUUCUCACGACAGUCAACGGAGAUUCUCAACAACUACUUCCAAGCCCACAUCACUCAUCCAUACCCAACGGAGCAAGAAAAAGAAGAGCUGGCUCGCCAGUGUAAUAUUAGUGUAGGACAGGUCAGCAAUUGGUUCGGAAAUAAGAGAAUCCGCUACAAGAAGAUGUUGUCGAAAGAAAAAUCAGAAAAUGAGAGAAACGCCCAAAGAUGUGCUCCACAACCAAUGCCAUGUAUUCCGAAUCCAUACAUGAUGCAAGGAUAUUCAAUGGCACCACCAUUCAUGCUUGUUCCACCGAAUAUGCCAGAUUACCAGCAAUUCGUCCCAAAAUUCGAGCCUCCAACGACUGCCGGUUCUUCAGUCUCUCAUUAA